GGCUCGGGAUCAUCCGCAGGACGCAGCGCUGCUCUGGCCGCCACCGAACCCCAACACGAGCCGGACCGCUGGGCCGAGGGAGAAGAGGAGGAAGACGAACAAAAGUGCGAAAAGAAGGAAGAAAUAAGGCUCACAUGGUGAUGCCAUCUAAUCUGGGUGCCAGUUGAUUUCUCCUUGUUUCCGUCUGACAGCUUGAACUGCGGAUCUCGAAGCGCACCGGGAGUGACUUUUUUUUAAAACACCUUUCCCAGCGCGCCUGGUGAUUUACACACGUGUCUGGAAAUUUUUUUAGAGCUGCUUUAGCACAUACUUUCUCAAGAGGGGAGAACUAUAGAAUUACCGGAUUUAAUUGACUUGGACUUCUGGCGACCACGUUGCGUCCUCUUGAAGCCGAGCGAAGGAUCCUCAGGAGAACAAGUGCACAGAGACCGAGACACCGCGGGACACGGAGGCUUUGCUCAUGUUUGGGAUCCAGGAGAGCAUCCAGCGCAGCGGUAGCAGCCUGAAGGAGGAGCCGCUGGGAGGCAUGAACACUGUCCGGAGUUGGAUGCAGGGGGGCGGCGUGCUGGACGCCAACACGGCCGCCCAAAGUGGAGUGGGCCUGGCCCGGGCUCACUUUGAGAAGCAGCCGCCCUCCAACCUGCGCAAGUCCAACUUCUUCCACUUCGUCCUGGCUCUGUACGACCGGCAGGGUCAGCCGGUGGAGAUCGAGAGGACCAACUUCUUGGGCUUCAUCGAGAAAGAGAAGGAGAUCAGCGGAGAGAAGACCAACAACGGGAUUCAUUACCGGCUGCAGCUUCUUUACAGUAACGGCAUCAGAACAGAGCAGGACUUUUAUGUCCGAUUCAUAGACUCCAUGACCAAACAGGCAAUUAUUUAUGAAGGCCAAGACAAGAAUCCAGAGAUGUGCAGAGUGCUGCUGACACAUGAGAUCAUGUGCAGCCGGUGCUGUGACAAGAAGAGCUGCGGAAACCGUAAUGAGACACCCUCAGACCCUGUUAUCAUCGACAGAUUCUUCCUCAAGUUUUUCCUCAAGUGCAACCAGAACUGUCUAAAGAACGCAGGAAACCCACGAGACAUGCGGAGGUUCCAGGUGGUGGUGUCGACUACGGUGAGUGUGGAGGGACAUGUCCUGUCGGUCUCCGACAACAUGUUUGUCCACAACAACUCCAAACAUGGCCGACGGGCCCGCAGACUCGAUCCCGUGGAAGGAACGCCGUCUUACCUCGAACACGGAGCAGCUCCUUGCAUUAAAGCCAUCAGCCCCAGUGAGGGGUGGACCACGGGGGGCGCUACCGUCAUCAUCAUCGGAGACAACUUCUUCGAUGGUCUCCAAGUCAUCUUCGGUACCAUGCUGGUUUGGAGCGAGUUGAUUACGCCACAUGCCAUCCGGGUGCAGACGCCUCCCAGACACAUCCCCGGGGUCGUUGAGGUCACUCUGUCUUACAAGUCCAAACAGUUCUGCAAAGGCACACCAGGAAGGUUCAUAUACACAGCAUUGAAUGAGCCAACCAUUGACUACGGUUUCCAGAGGCUUCAGAAGGUAAUCCCUCGACAUCCUGGGGACCCCGAGAGGCUGCCGAAGGAGGUUAUUUUAAAGAGAGCAGCCGACUUGGUAGAAGCCCUCUAUGGUUUGCCACAUAAUAACCAGGAGAUCAUUUUGAAACGCGCGGCCGACAUUGCAGAAGCUCUCUACAACGUUCCUCGAGGACACACCCAGCUCUCAGGCUCCACCCACAGCGGCAUGAUGGGGGUCAACUCCUUCACCGGGCAGCUGUCCGUCAACGUCUCCGAACCCCCACAGGUCAAUCAGGGUUUCGUGCGCAGCAGCAGUAGUGUGUCUCCUCACGGUUACGUGCCCAGCUCCACGCCGCAGCAGACCAGCUACACCUCCGUCACCAGCACCAUGAACGGCUAUGCCAACAACGGCGGCAUGACCAACCUGGGAGGCUCGCCGACUUUCCUCAACGGCUCUGCAGCCAACUCGCCUUAUGCCAUUGUCCCAUCUAGCCCCACUAUGGCCUCCUCCACCUCUCUCCCCUCCAACUGCUCCUCCUCUUCUGGCGUCUUCUCCUUCUCUCCAGCCAACAUGGUGUCGGCGGCCGUGAAGCAGAAGUCCGCCUUCGCUCCAGUGGUCCGGCCCUCCUCCCCUCCGCUCUCAUGUACCAGCUCCAACGGCAACGGGCUCCAAGAUCAAACAUUUGUGGACUCGAGCAAGUACUCAACAGCCAACUCUCUACAAGGCCUGGCCUUCACCUGAACAAUCCCAGGAAUGAUCGUUCCGCCCAUGUAAAGGUGUGCCUGACUGUGUGCGUGUGUGUGUGGUUGUGUGUGUGUGUGACUGUGCGAGAUGAACCAAGCACAUUCACACCGAUUCCUGCGGAGGGUUUCGAUGUGAGACUCCGGUCGGGGAUGGAAGCAACUGUCCCGAUCUGAAGGAACAAACCCAACUCAGGCCCUUUCUAACACAAAAACAACAGCAAGAAAAACAGACGAAGAACAAACGAACAAAAGACUAUUUGCAAAGAAAUAAGUUGUUUAGACUUUGUACACCUUGAUGCUUUAUAGGAGAACGGCCACGCCUACAUUAUGACUCUCCACAGACACAGGAAGUGUAUUUAUUUUAAGAAAGAAUCCAUUUCAUCCCUUGAGUGACUUGUUUUUCUUUGUUGUGCAACAGUCAACAUGGGAUAAUCAUCUUCUAUCUGUAUCUCACAUGAGGGAUUUUCUUUUUAUGAAAUGUGGUCAUUAAUGAAGGAAUAUAAUGUGAAGAAUACCUGAUGAUGAGGAUGAUGAUGAUGAUGAUGAUGAUGAAGCUGCAGGAGUCAUACAGGGUCAAAUCCAGCCAAACCAGACACACACUUUCACUUCAUAUUGCCAAAUCCACACCACUGUCAGCGCACUCGGACAGCGAGGUCUCCCUCUGCAUUUAAUCGAUCAGCUGACGGAUUGAGAUGCUUCCCGCCUGCUGCAGUUUUAGCCAAUGGAGAAAUCCCCACGCUGGCUUUGAGCUUGCCGUACAUCUGCCCUGCCACUUGUCUCAGCCAAUAGACGCCGCCGAAAGAAACGCAAUUCUGUCAUUUCACAAACCAGGAAACAAAUAUAUUUAAGCAAGAAGGCCACACAUAUGUGCAUGAGUUAGUGACCACCGGGUGCCAACAGCAGCUUCUCUGUCCCCACAUGGUCUGUUAUAUAGUCGGCCACCGCAACCUCUAUGAGAGGGCCAACACGUCUUGCUGCCAUUUUGGCUUUGAUUUUGUUGUGAGAGUUCUCAAAUGUUUGUCUUAAUUCAUACAUCCUUGUUUCUGGUUUGUUUAACUUUCUGUUUGCUGUGUUUCUUAUUUUCUUCCUGCCGUCAGCCGGCCAAUCCGAUUGUGUUUUCCUUCGUUACCUGGACACUCACCUGGGGGGAUUGAGAAUUUGAGUGAGAGAAAUAAUCGAGCGGUGUGUCUUGAAUGCUGCGCUGCAAAGAAUGUCAUUAAGUCUCCAACUGAGUUUUAAAAUCAACGUGAUCUCACAGGAUUAUGGGAAACGACCACACAGCGCUUUGCGUGGUGGUGUCACGUAAUGUGUUAAGAUUACUCGCCUCCAACACGUAGAGCAAUCUAGCUGCAGGCAUUUAAACUACUUAUGAAGACAUUAUGGCUUGGUUUAAGAUUACUGAAUCUAUUAAAACAUAUUUCUGCUGAACCUGGGAAUGUGUGUGUCCAUCAUGAAGAGGGAUCUGGAUGACCGUCCGUUGACAUUGUUUAUAUGAUGCCAGCCCAUCAUUAUAACAUAUUACAACCUCCAUGUAAGAUGCUGUUAAGAGAUCAUGGUCACUUCACGUAUUGUGGUGAGAUCAAGCUGCUUGAAAUCAAUUUUUUGUUAAAUCUGCUCCUGAGUUCAGUACCUUUUUUACAGUGCAUCUUUAAUUCAAAGAACACCACUUCACCAUCUUGCCCUUCUCCAGGAGGUAAAGAUGACUAUAAAUGUCUUUUUUUUGCAGCGCAGGACAAUUAGCCAGCGACAUGUCUUAACUUCGCACGAAUAGGAGCUGAUGAUUUGUUGUGAAAGUCACUGCAGUGUGUGUGUGCUUCAACAGUCUUAAUUAAUUGAUGAAAAUGUUAAUUUAGCCAAAGCCCUUAUUUGAGACAUUACUGCCUUCACAGUCUUAUGCCGCAGCUUCAACGCUAUUUGUUUUUGUGUGUGUCAUACAUGUAAGAAGGCCCUACGAUGUACAACUGUCGCUGUUGUUUUCAGACCUUUUUUGCCACGAAAAGAAACUAUUUGAAAGUGGACAUAAACACCGAACUGGCAUCACAUGUUAAUGAAGUAAACUCCUCUCAUCUGAUGAAGAUGAAUCAUUCAUCACUCAUGCCUGAGGGGAUCCGGCCUGAAUGUUCGUGCUCAAUAAAAAAGGGAAGAAAAUCCUAAACAUCCUGAUAUUUAAAAAUCUAUAAUAAAUAGGUAAAAGCCACCCCCGUCAGCCAGACGUCUUUGGAGCAGUAAUCAAACAGUUUCAACAAUUUGAUGAAAGAAAGAUAAUUAUUUAAUUAUAAAAUAAUAAUAAUAAAUUGGCAACAUUUCAGAAAAAGACAUUCCCUCAUUUCCAUCGAUCUGUCUCUCGUUUAAAUAUGUGAAGGUUAAUAAUCUUUCUUUUUUUGUAUUAUAGUGUCAGAUUAUCAAAAGCCAUACUUCCACUGCUAAUUUCAAUUAAACUCAAAUAAGCCAUGGUGUCAUUUCUUUUUUCUUUGUAAUUCAGAAAAGUAGGAGAUUUUUUUAUUUUGUCACAAUGUUGUUCAUAUCGAUGUUCAAAUUUGCAUAAUUUAGUUGUGUUAUGUAGGUGUAGAGUUCAUAAAUAUGUCUUUAUGAUUGUCUGUGUUUGUCUUCCAUGUGAGAAAUUUGAAGAUGGAACAGAGCUGCUUCGUGUCAGUCAGGGUUUCUGUCCUCUCUGCUCCCUUCCUCCGUUCACUUCCCUCCUCCACCUUGUUUGGAUUGGUCCUUUAAUACUCUGGAUGUUUGCCCUCUUUCUUGCCUUUCCCUCACAAAAUGAGCCACCUAUUUAUUUUAUCUCAAAUAUGGGUCUGGAGACCACUUUUCUGUUUGUGUCUGUGUGUGAGAGUGCCUGCGACUGUGUGUGUCUGAGUGUGUCAUCACGUUUCUCUGAAAGAAGAAUGUGAUGUUUAAAAGUUUGAAGGAUGUUUUUUUUCUUUUUAUAGUACAUAUAUAAAUACCUGUACAGGAAGGACGACAGAGGGUUAAAAGAAGUAUGAUCCGAAGCACUUGUCCAGCAGCGGUCAUAGCGGCUCGUCUGCGUUCAGGCUCACAGUAGUGUUCAUCAUCCAUACACGUAUCAGCAGUAUCAGUGUGGAGGGGAAGAGUUCAAAGGAAACUACUGUAAAGAUGAUGAUGUUGAUUCGUUUUUUUAAUUUUAAACUUUGAAGUGUAAAAUAACUUUUGAUUCUCUAUAUUUAAUUAAAGUUCUUUCUUCUCUGUGAAAAA